CAAAAAAAAGUGGUCUAUACUUAAUGAAGGAACCAUUUGUUACUUUUUAGUAUUGGAUAUCAAUAAAUAUAACACCAACUUGAAUUGAAUUCGCUUACAUCUUAAGACGUCAACUGUAAGCAUAGGAAAUAUACGAGCAUUAAAAUCAUGAAAGAUGAGAGAAAAGCUUAAACAUGCGAAUUCUCCCUCGUCGCUCCGUUAAAGGCCUUGUUAUUUUCAUUUUUGCCACCUUUCUUGCUGUUAAUUUAAUAUUUUUACUACGUGUAUCUGAAAAUGGCUCGUUGAAAGAUGCUGUUGAGUUUAAUAGCCCAACAUUAGUGACUACAUCUCCAAAAAUGACAUCCUCCGAGCCUUCACAGACAGUCACUAAUCAACGAAUACCUACCAGUAGCAGUGUGAGAUCAGUCGUGACCGACAAUGUUUUUGCAAAUCUUAGUGAAUCAUCCGAUAUAAAAUUGUUAAGAAAAGCAUUUGAAGAAAAUAAUAGAAAAGAGUAUGUUAGAAAUUUGAAUAAAUUUGACCUUAAAGGAGGAGAAGACACAGUGGUGAUAAUUGUUCAGGUUCACGAUAGAUCAGAUUAUCUAAAAUAUCUAAUAGAGUCUCUACGACAAGCCACUGGAAUCAGUCAAAGUUUAUUGGUAUUUAGUCAUGACUAUUUUGCCAGACAUAUCCAUGAUACAAUAGCCUCAAUCGACUUCUGUCCUGUCCUGCAAAUUUAUUAUCCUUUCGCAAUGCAGUUGUACCCUAAAGAAUUUCCAGGAGAGCAUUCAAAAGAUUGUCCUAGAAAUAUUCCGCGAUCAGAAGCGAUAAAAUCAAAAUGUAAUAAUGCUGAGUUUCCCGAUCAUUACGGCCAUUAUAGAGAAGCAAAAUACGCUCAAAUAAAACAUCAUUGGUUCUGGAAAGCAAAUUAUGUGUUCGAUCAACUUACAACAACAAAAUAUCAUCGAGGCCCAAUACUUUUCUUGGAAGAGGAUCAUUUUGUAGCUAAAGAUUUCUUAUAUACUUUGUUAAAAAUGUAUAGAUUCAGGAGUUCGUAAGUAGAACAAACAAAGCAUUUUUAUGGUGAUAUACAUUAAAUUUUAUUAUUUAAUUAACUUCCGUCCAUAGCAGUUGCAAAGACUGCCAAAUAUUUACAUUGGGUAAUUAUGAUAAAAAGCCCUCGUUUGAACAUUCCUCAAAGGUGGAUAUAACAAGUUGGGUUUCAUCAAAACACAAUAUGGGGAUGGCUUUCAAUAGAGACGUAUGGAAAAGUAUAAAAAAUUGUGCAAAACCAUUCUGUGAAUAUGAUGAUUAUAAUUGGGAUUGGUCUUUACAACAUAUUGGCAUGAAUUGUAUGACUGGUAAACUGAAAGCAAUGAUCUUGAAAGGACCUAGAGUAUUUCACAUCGGUGAAUGUGGCCAACAUCACAAAGGAAAAAAUUGUAAUCCUCAGAGUAGGGUUGCUAGUAUUAAACAACUCUUGGCGACAAAUGAAAAAAAUUUAUUCCCGAAUACUUUUUCUGUGUUUAGCUAUCCAAAAUCUCCGUCUAGAAUGCCUAAACCAAAUGGAGGUUGGGGUGACAAAAGAGAUCAAAACUUGUGUUUUUCAUUUGUUAAAGGAGAUACUGCAAAUGUGAUAAAAAAUGGUGGCUUUUAGUUUCUGUUUCUCUCUUUCUCUCAAGGAUUUUAAAUAGUAUCAUUUGACAAAAAAAAAACAAAAACAAACUGUAACUAACAUUACCAUUGAAAAAAAAGCAAAGUAUUGAUUUUAUCUCUGUUCUUAAUUUGGUUAGUCAUUUUAUUUUUGUCUAGUUCAAUUAUAACUUUCUUAAAAAAAGAAAAAAUUUAGUAAAGGUUGAAAUAAUGAGCGAAAUUGUAUUUCUUUCUGUUAUAAUUUAUUAUACGUUUCUUUAAAUUUUAAUAGAUAAAUAACUCUUGAACUGUGUUAUAAAAGUAUUUAACAUAAAAAGAUAACUUUUUGUAAAGUCUUCUUUUUUAUUCUUAUUAAUUUCAUUUUAAACAUUCUUCUUGUUCUUUUUGUUAAACUUUCAUUCUGGUUUAUGCUUGCCUAUUAAAUUAGACAAGUAUGUGUUAGGUAAUUUAAUAUGUCUUAUAUAAAAUUGUGAAAACUUAUCGAGUGGGAAAGAACUUUCGAUAGAAAUACAUAUUUAUAAAAUAGACAUGUUGUCAACGAAAAGAUUAACGCAAACAAUAAACUUUUGGUUUCUUUAUUCCAAAAGUUUCGUCUUUCUUUUCGCCUUGAUAUAAUAUUUACGACUGGUAAAGUUUAAUUGUGGUAAUUGAUCAAUAGAAUAAUCAAAGCCUGUCUAAUCCUUCACAUAUUUCUAAUGCUUUAGACUUACACCCUUUCUUCUAUAUUAUAUAUCGAUUUAAAUAUUUGUUAAAUUUGAAUAAAUUUGCAUUUAUAAUUAGCUAAUUAACUGUUUAAAUACAUACAUAUAU